GUUAGAUCCAGGAACGCACCCGAUUUCUCUCGAUUCGACACGAAGCGAAGCGAAGACACGCACCUCCCCGACAGCCCCGAUUCAGCUGCGCCACCUGCAUCACUUUCGUCCAAGUCUAGCAGCUCAUCUACGAACAAGAAAAUAGAAGAGAACAAGCCGGCAGAUUCUUCACGUGCCGGAGAUAAAGACCCCAGGGCGUCGGGACCUGCUCCGGAGAUGCCCCCGAUUCCCAAAACAAAGCCGGCUACCGAGCAGCAGGAAACCCCGGAGCCCCAGCCUUCUCAGGAGCCGCAAUCUGGGCCAGAGGCUUCCACCAGCGAAGGUGUACAAACAGCCGAUGCUAAAGAUGCUUCACAGACACAAGCGGCCUCGGCAGGCUGGUUCGGCUGGUGGGCUAGAGCUCCACCUGCCGAACCUCCUGCUCAGGCCGCGCCAAAUCCCCAGGCGAUAAAAGAAGAGGAGGCAUCCAAGCCCGCCGAAAAUGUCGAGCCAGCUGAGCCAGCUGAACCAGCACCCUCCGAGCAAGCGCCCCCUUCUGAGCCUCCAGCUGCCGAGAGUGCUCCGGAUGCCCCAAAGACGGCCUCUUGGUUUGGCUUCUGGUAUGGCACUCCUCAGCCGGACGCGAGCGCAGCUUCAGCGGCUGAGCCAGACGCACCCAAAGAACAACCAGCAAUUGAAGAAGAGUCCGCAGUAAAGGCCAAAGACGUAUCAACAAAAGAUGUCUCUCCGCCUGAAGCGCCGUCGCCACAAAGCCCUCCUCCCAAAGUCGGCUCUACUUGGGCUUUCUGGUACAGAGAGCCCUCAAAAAAUAAGGAUAAGGCGCCACUACCGGAAUCAGGGCAAAUUGCGGUCAUGGGUGAAGGGUCAGAGGCCCAACCAACGCCUAUGGCAGAAGGAGCUAUCUCAGAAGCGCCGGCCAAAGACCCUAAAGAUGAUGCAUUGACACCAGAACCGCCAGCAAGCGUAUUGUCGUGGCGCAGAACCAAACGGAUUCGACCGAUAUCGAUGGAUCUUGAUAUCCAGCGGCCGCCUUCUGCAGACAGUACAAAAUCAGCUCCUCUGCCUGCUUCGAACUCACUGGCCAGGACCGAUUCUAAGAAGAAGAAACAGGUGCCUUCGAAGAAGGCCGUCGCUGAGAUCGAGUCCACCGUAAAAGAACCGCCCAACGUGCUACUUCCAUCGUUUUCUAGCACAUAUCAAAUGAAGGAGAACCCCUCUAUCCUGCGACAAAUUACGAAUCUCGUAUUACGAACCUCGCAGCAACCUCCAAAUCAUGUCUUCCGUGUCAAAGACACCCCAAAGAUCCGCAAGGCAGUUGCUAUUGGCGUUCAUGGCUUCUUUCCAGCGUCAUACCUACGUCCUAUGAUAGGCCAGCCCACAGGAACCUCUCUGCGAUUUGCAAAUCUUUGCGCUGAGGCUAUUCGCAAAUGGACCGAUAGCCAUGGCAGCCCCAAGUGUAAAAUUGAGAAGGUUGCCCUCGAAGGAGAAGGCAGAAUCAAUGACAGAGUGGCAAAUCUGUGGAAGCUCCUACUAAACUGGAUUGAGCAGAUUCGCCAGGCCGACUUGGUUAUCAUUGCUUGCCACUCCCAAGGAGUGCCAGUCAGCAUCAUGCUGCUGGAGAAGCUGAUUGAUAUGGGGGUGCUAACAGACACCAGAAUUGGCGUUUGUGCCAUGGCCGGCGUGGCCCUCGGCCCUUUCCCAGACUACAAAUCCAGCAUCCUGAUGGGCUCUGCUGCAGAGCUGUGGGAGUUUGGUGAUCCUAACAGCGCCAACUCAAAAAGGUUCGAAGCUUGUCUCAAACGAGUAGUCGAUUUUGGAGCUCGUGUCACAUUUGUGGGCAGUAUUGACGACCAGCUCUCUGCUGUGUACUCGCCUGCAAAUCACCCUUACAUCUACCGUGCUGUCUUCAUCGAUGGUCGAGUACAUGCUCCCGAUUUCAUUUCCCACCUGAUUGGAUUCGCACUCAAGCUUCGCAAUCUGGGUAUAUCAGACCACGGCCUCAUUCGUGAACUCUCCGUUGCCCUUGCCGGAUCACUCUACUCUGGCGAAGGCCACUCACGCUUGUACUAUGACGCAGCCGUAUAUGACCUCGCCAUCAUGCACGCUUUAGAGACGACUGCCACGGCACAGCCCACACCUUGCGAAAUCCCAAAGCGAGAGACAACACCUCUAGCUUCAUCCAAUCCCUAUGUGUUGCCAUGGAUCAUGCGCGGACUUUUGGAAGAGGAUUUUGUCAAGACGCAGCUCAGUGCUGAAACGGAGGAGCUGCUGAGACAAUUUGACGACUGGAAGCCAACGAAUAAGGCACUCAAAGACGUCAAGUAUCGCCUAGAGGUUGUUCGCUCCAAACUAUAAGCGUAGACGAUAUCUCCUUGUUUAUUUUGCCAUUUGACGUCACAUUUACGACC